GGAGCAUGUGACCAGUGACGUCACAGACCUCGUUCUAACAACUCCACUCUAGCAUCUACCCUACCUAAACAUGUCCUUUCUAGGAAAACCAUUACAAACAUUCCGAUGCCUCCUACGUGAGUUGAGGCAGAAUUAUGGCGUGAAUCGUUACAGAAAGACAGUAGCAUACAGCUUCAUUCGGGCGCAGUUCAGUAGGAAUCAGGUAACCAGUGAAAAGCUGUGCUUGGCCCACCAGGAACUUCAUUUCCAAGCCUCCACAUACUUAUGUCUUCUGCAAAGCGUCAGGAACCAUAUUUUCUUUCAUGAAGAAUAUCAUGGCAAAGGGGAACGUACUGUUGAAGAAGUUGCCGGUCUUGUGGGUUUUAAGAUACCACAGCAACCUGGUGGAAAAGGCUUGAAGAAGUGAAUUGCUGUUAUUCAGGAACAAAUCCCAAGCUAUAGUGAAAUACUUAUUAGGUGAAUAAAUAAUUCUUGUUGACAUA